AUGUACUUCACGGAGGAUGCCACAGUAAAUCCCGCCUGGGGCGUCGAGGACCGCACCACCGUCGUUCGCGACUCUCAGUCGUUCGUUUCUUGUAGUCCUUUGAAUGGUCGACCUCUAACUGAUAGUUCUAAUGUCAACAGUGGCCACCCGAUGGUCAGCGAUGGCGAUGUGAUGGAAGUGUAUUCCAUCCGAAGGGUGGCAACUGCUACUUCUCUGCUUGCUCUUCCAUUUCUGACCAUCAUCUGA